UGACGGCAGACUGAGUUUGUCACAUGACUGGAACCCGGAAGUACACAUGUAAACAAAAGAAGGGAAAUGUACUCUUCCAGUUUGAAUGAUUUUGUUAAAUAGAUUUUUAUUUUUUAUUUUUACUAAACACUGUCGCAGACGUUUCCGUACAACCGUGACAUUAUCGAUGCCCUUUUAGAUUCAUCAUUGUCAAUGAAUGAAGAAUGAAUAUGUUAAAAGUAAAAUAAUUAUUUCUUGCUUGAAACUGACAGGCAGAGGUUAGACUGGUUGAACUUGCUGAUUCUCAUAAUGGCAGAGCGCGGAAAUCUCAACCUGCAGAAAUCCACUAAGGAAAAACUUGAAAAAUUCAACAAUUUGAGGGGUAAAGAAGUGCAGUCCGAUGAAUUCUGGGAUCUUGUGGUUAUUACUGCAGUUGAUGAGGACCAGAUGUCUGCAUAUGAAAUUCAGAUCACAGAGAAACUGGAGAGGAAAGAACUGCCUCUUGGCAUAAAUUAUCAUGUGUUUGCAGAUCCACCAGAAUGCAAGAUAGGUAACGGGGGAUCCACCUUACAUUCACUGCAGGGCCUUAAUAAUAAAUAUGGCAAGUCACUAUCUGGAUUUAAAAUCAUCCUCAUACAUGCAGGAGGAUUCAGUCAGCGUUUGCCCAAUGCCAGCGCCCUGGGUAAAAUAUUCACAGCAUUGCCCCUGGGAAACCCUUUAUAUCAAAUGCUUGAGCUCAAACUUGCAAUGUAUGUGGAUUUCCCCGCACACAUGAAGCCAGGUAUGCUGGUUACCUGUGCUGAUGACAUUGAACUCUACAGUGUUCCUGAUCAAGAGAACAUUGUGUUCGAUAAGUCAGGUUUUACUGCCUUGGCCCACCCCUCCACUCUCUCCAUCGGAACCACACAUGGAGUUUUUGUUCUAGAACCAGCAGAGAAGCCUAGAAUCAGUGACAUGGAAUACAGAAGUUGCUCUCAAUUUUUGCACAAACCAAGCAUUGAGAAGAUGCACAAAUGCAAUGCAGUAUGCAAAAGGGAAGGAGAGGAGUUUGUUUACACAGACAGCACUUACUAUGUUGAUUAUGGAACUGCUCAGACACUGCUGACCUUGUUAAGCGAAAUCAGCCCUCUGACAUGUGAAAUUGAUGCUUAUGGGGACUUUCUUCAAGCCUUGGGGCAAGGAGCUACUGUGGAUUACACAGAAAACACAGCCAACGUCAGAAAGAAGGACAGCAGCCUCGUUGAGAUCCGCAGAAAGAUUUUCCAUCAUCUCAACGGCACAGAUCUUAACGUCAUCCUUCUAAACAACUCCAAGUUUUAUCAUGUCGGCACCACAGAGGAAUACUUGUUCCACUUCACAGCUGACACCUGUCUCAAAGUGGAACUCGGCCUGCUCUCUGCUGCCUUCAGUAUUUCUCACAUGGAUCCAUCUGAGAAUGCUAGAACUUGCGUAAUGCACAGCACCCUGCAUCCCAGUGUGACUGUAUCCCAGGGAAGUGUUGUGGAAUACUCCAGACUGGAUGCCAAGGUUAAAGUUGGUGCUAGAUCUAUUAUCAGUGGCUGCUGGAUUGGCACAGACCUCUCAGUGCCGAAUGACACUUUCAUGCACUCUCUCUGUGUAAACCUGGAUGAGAAAACCAGUUUUGUCACUGUGUUUUUUGGUAUUAAAGAUGAUCUAAAGAAAAAUGUGGACCGCCCUGCUGAUUUUAGUGCAUUUAGCUUGUUUAAAGUUAGUCUGGAGGACUGUGUUAGACUCUGGGGCUUAUGUCCUGAGAAGAUCAGGUUCUCUGGAGACAGAUCCAUGUGUAGUUUGUGGAACGCCUGCAUUUUCCCGGUGUGUUCAGAUCUAAAGGGCUCAUUCGUGAUGUCACUGGAAAUGGUGAAGGCGCUGGAUGGUGAUACCAAAUUCUCUCUACCCAAAACUAUCACACUUACCUCUCUUCAGGAAUCUCUGCAAAACAAGAACCUGGAGGAAAUGCUGAGGUUUAGGAGAGAUCUUUAUGAAGACAUUUUUAGGGAGAAAGGAAGUCAUUCUGUCUGAAUUUGUGUAAAGUACCAGUAAUGCCAUUGCCUUUAGCUAUGAAAACCCUACAUUGCCCAUAACAUCAUAUUUUAUUUUUGAAAGCUACAGCCAAUGGAUUUAGAGUGCUCUCUGGAUUUUAUGUGGAACCUGUUUUAAUUGUCGACCAAUGGUAUUCUGAAAUACCAAGUCAAUUCACUGUUUUCUUCAGAAUAAAUGUACUUGUAUGCAAAGUAAUUAAAUAUUCAUGCAUUCAAUUUGUG